AGUUUGCCUACGUCCUGCUAUCUUUUUGCACGGCUACCAACUAUCGAAAAACUAUUCACUCAUGUGAUUGUAUCGAACGUGUUCGAAGUCCGUCUUUCUCGAGAUAAACGCUCCAAAAAUGAAUUAUAUGAAUUAAAACCAAUACAAAAAAUAAUAAUAUCAGUUAAACAGUCUGUACAAUUUUCACGAAACCACGUGUGUUAUUUAAACAGUGCCAAAAAAUUGUUUAACUCGUUUAGUGAUUCUACAACAUUUUACUUCUUACUGAAAGGAUUGACUACCGAGUGAGACCUUAAAACAACGAGUGAAUAACAUCGACAUUAAAAACAUGUGAAGUGAUAUUAACGCCGGCCAAAUGGACGUGGAUUAAAUGGAUUACUUUCUCAUAUUGACUGCAGCUCAAUAUAUUGACAUGGAUGCUUCAUGGAACAGGAACAGAAAUGAAAAUAUAUCAUAACCUCAUCUCCAUCCGAGUGAACACUAAGUUUAGUGCAAAAUCCUCAUGCUACCGCUGUUUUCACUUCUCAAUUUUAUAUAUGUAAUAAAUCAGCAAUGACUUCCGUCAAAACGAUUCUUCGACAUGGCUAUCAAUUCCGAGAUACUAUAUUUACACAACGAAAACUCUCUAUUACAGUUAUCAAUGGAAAAACAUUCUCUCAGUGAAUCGAAUCUGGCAUGUGACCGAUGGAAAAUAUGGAGGAAGCUUGUGGAGUCAUGAGCAAUAAUCCUGAUGCGAUGGCUCCUGCCGUAAUUCCACAAAAAUAUGAUGCUAAUGUAGAUUAUGUUAUCAACGAAUAUAUGGAAAGACUAGGAACUCGUCUUAAUAUUCUAGAAACUGAGCUAAAAUAUGCUUGGAGAGCUCUAGAUCUUCUAUCACAGGAGUAUUUGAAAAUGUGGGAACGUUUAGAAAAAUUGGAAAGUUUACUUUAUGAACAACAAAGCGUCAUAUCACAGUUAUUAGAUUUUUAUACUUCGGGUGGAAUUUCAACAGUUCAGACAGCUGCCGCAUCUUUAGAAGGAAAACUAGGAGAAUUAGAGGUAAUUCGUGAAAUUUUGGGUAACGGUGCUGUAGAAGAUGGAUUAGAAGAAGGACUUGAUGUUACAAGAUCUCACGGUCAACAAUCGGAUAUGGAUAUGGAUACUGGAAUAGACGAAAUGCACGUACCUGACGAAGCUUUUUAUAAAAGCCUCAACCAAGCCUAUCGGGAAGAUUUGGUAGGUGACGACCCCACUUAUAGAAUCAGUCAAUUGGGAAUGAUUUGGGAAGAAAGAGAAGAUAGCAGUGAAAAUGGUGACAGGAAACCAAUAAAUACCUCAAACAGGCUAGAUGAGAAUGAAGAAAUUUAUUCGGCACUGGAUUAUAAAGACUACAGAGGCAAUUCUCCUUGCAUAAGUGAACAGGACCUAGCUCAAUUAACUAAAAUAGACUCAAUAGAUCAUCUGGCUAUUGAAAAAUUAGAUGAAUUGGAUCGCCUUAGCAGUAAGUUACAUCAAGAUUCUGUUAAUAUUAAACAAUUGAGAAAAAAGCUAAUGGAAUCACCAAUUUCAAUUAAUGAAAUUGAAGAAGAACAAAUCGAUGUUAAAGAAGCAGAGGAUUUAUCCAAUAUUGAUGAAGCACUUCAGCAAAUGUAUCCGGAUGAUCAAUGGAGUUUCUCAAGUGGAGCGAAAGAUAAAAAUGAGUUUCUUUUGCUAGCAAAAUCUGACUUACCCACUCUACUCGCAAACGUUUCAUACCCAUCUAAAUCUAGUUCAAGGUUUUCUUUAUCAGAUGCCGAUAAGGAGGUAGCUGAAACAUUGGGAACUGAAUCAAGAAGUCCCACGUCACCCAGAAGGAGGCAAUUAGAUGCCAGCACAACUAGCGAUCCUUUCAUUACAGUUACUGGGAGAUUAGCGUACAGUGCUGCUGUGCAACAUGCAGAACAAAUAGAAGCAGCAGUAGCUGCCGCUAUAGCAGCUCAAAAUCCCAAGAAUCCAUUUUGUUGUAUGAGCCCAGCCUUGAAUUCAUUGUUGCCUGCAACAUAUGAAACUGUAUCAUCAACACCGAAUGUGUAUAAUGUCAGAUCGGAAAAAACUACAUCUCCCACACUUUCCGUAUGUAGCAUCAGGACAAGACAAGACGGUUACGUAGAACCAAAUGAGUCUUCUACUGUUACUCAAAAUCACAGUCCCCCACCUCCUCCAGCACCGGACGUCACGGAAGAUUUUCUAAAUUUGAAGAAAGCAGCAAGCUCUUCAAACGUUUUUCUUGAAGCAUCUACUGCCCUGAUUAAUCCAAAUGAGAGACUCAGUCCAAAACCUCCUCACUCCCCAAAAUCUACAAAAUCUUCACCUAGAAGGAAUAAAUCACAUUCACUAGCUGCUGCGAAAUCUGAUUCAGGAUUAUCAUCAAUGAGUGGUUGGUCUAGUUUGGAGAAAUCACCUGGAUCACCAAAAAAUUCGAGAUCUAAUUCUUACGCCGAAGGAAAACAUGGUAAUUGUAGAAUGAUUUCUCCUGUUUAUAAUCAAUAUGGUCCAAUACCUAGUGGUUCUAAGCACUACACCGAAUCAUCCUUGGAUAGUAAAUUGCCAGAUUCUUCGAAUUUUUUACCUGGAGGUCAUCAUCUCUCUGCAUUCACUACUGUUAAGUCACCUUCAGGUCUAGAUAGCGCAGAUGGUUAUGGAAACUUCGUUCCAGCUCCGGCUCCUGCUUCGGAUAUAAAUGUAAGCCCCAAUAGGAAAAAAGAUAAAGUGUGCGCUAUAACUAGCGAAGAAAGAGUUUCCACCGUCUCUAUGUAUCGAUAUGAUCAACCUGCUAUUUAUUCCGUGGCUGGUAGUAAUCGUGACUCGUAUACUUCUGUAUAUACAGGUAAUAGUGGUGAUUACAGUUGCCAAACAAACUAUCCAGAUCUGGUCGAGCCUUAUGAAAACAACGAAUUUUUCAAUCCCACAAAAAAUUAUCAUCCUCCAGUAUCGUAUAUGCCUUAUUCUGAAGCUAAUGUUAAUUCACCAAGACAUAAAUCAUCUACGGGGAGAGACACUGAGGAUUUCUCAAAUCAUGAGGGAUAUAAAACCGCUAUGUACAGAACUAUGUUUCCUUCUGGUAAUAUUACAGAUGCCUUAUCUUACUACCCAACAUCAUCAAGAACAGAUAACCAAUAUGAAGAUCAGGAAGUAUGGAUGGGAUAUGAUCAAAAUGAUAUACGAGAUACUACCGAUACUACACAUUCUCCGAAUUUAGAUAGAAAUCGCUCAUAUCAAUCUCAACCUACAGCCUAUGAGCUUCAACUACGCGAACAGCAGAAACAGUGGAAUCAGAGACAAGAAAUACCUUUCCUGGAUUUAGAUCUAAGAAAUAAAAAUUUACCUGAAUACGUAGUUCAAACACAACACGGACAAAAUUUGUUCUACGAUACCAGUGGGAUAAUUAUGACACAAUCAGGAUACAUUACAAUUUCUUCCGGCACAGAUACAAGACCACAUGUGACAGAGACUACCAAAAAAGUUAAAAGAGCGAACACAUUCAAGUCUGCAAUGAGCUCAGUUACCCAAUGGUUACCAAAUCUGAACGUUAGCAAACGGAGUAGAUCCCAUUCCCUACCUGGUAUAAAACGAGAUACCAUUAGAACCUCUUUGAACAAAAAGAAAAAGAAAAGCGGGAUCGUGUCGACUGUUUCUGAUAUCAUCCAAAAGGCAAAACGUAGGAGUAGUUUAUCACAACAAUAUUCUUCCUAUUCAGAUAGUGAACAGUCGGAGAAUGAAUGGUCCACAGAUAAAUCAAGAUCCCUAUGUUCGGAGGAUGAAAAAAGUGAAGAUGGUGCUAGUGUUUUCAAUGAUAGUAAUGUUGAUACUGACAAUGAUUUUCCCAAUAGCAAUGAAAAUGGUAAAUCGAGGAAAUACAAUCAACAUUCCGUAGAAUUCACCCUACAGCCUUUAUUUGAAACUGAUACUCCCGGAAGUGACGACAGUAAGAUGAAAAAUAUCGCAGAAGAUAAUGAAGGUAAUUUUAAUAACAACACUUCCGUGUCAUAUGUGCCCAGAAAUAAUUCUACAUCCGCUGAAAAUGAAGAUCUCAUUGUAAAAGAAAGCAAGAUGAUUGUUGUAGUAGGAGGAGGCACCGCUUCUAUGGAAUUUGCAGUUUCUAGGGCUCUAGGAAGAUAUAGACAGAGACAGUCGAAUUCAUUUUCUGAUGAUCCCGUGAUCAAUGAAGAAGAUGAAAUUAUUAUUGAAGAUAUAACUGAAGAGACUGAUAAUCAAUCGGAAUCCAUUCCUCAAAUGGAUAAAAUACUUCCGGAGCAGAAAUCGACAGAUAGUCAAACAAGUUCAGAUAAUAAUAAACCGACCGUUAUUGAUUUGUCAGAAGAACCUGUAUCAGAAGAUAGUCCAUCAACGAUCAGUAUUAAAUCUCAUACUAAUCGUUUUUUACCGAAGCAACCACAAAGUCUCGAGAUACCAGGCUGCAGAGACGAUGACGACGCGAAAAGUACGCAUUCGUGGAGAAGCACAUCUAGAGUAUCCUCACGGAGACAAAGCACUGAAGAUAGUAUAGACAGUGAAGAUGAAUGGUACUGCUAUGAACUACGAAAACUAGAAGAACUUGAACGACAGAAUCAUUUAGAAAUCGAAAUGGGUACUACAUUGAUCGAAGAACCGGAACCAAGUGAUGAUGAUCAAUUAGAACCAGAUGAAGAAGUCAAAGAGAAAAUGAACUUUGUACUGAGAGAGCUGCGAAUGACGGCAAAAGUAGCAGAAGGUGUAUUGAAUGAAAAAGAGAAUAAUUUACUCACUUUACAAAAGUUCAAAAAGAAAGAAAAUCAAGAAAAACGAUCUUCUUUCCAACUAGACAAUGCUGCAUCUUUAUUCGAAAAAAUUAAAAACUACCAUCACGAAGAGGAAGAACUUCGUAUUGAGAGAAAAUUGGACAGAUUAGAAGUACAAAGCCCACAUGAAAAAGACGAUCAUUCCUCUGGUGCUACCUCCGGACCUGAUAGUCCUCAUAGCACCGACGAGUAUGAUGAAGCAGAGAUGGCUAUUAAUGACGAAUUUGCUUUGUGCCAUGUCAACAAAGAGAAACAAGAAGAUGAAAAUAAAAAAUUGGAAUUAAUUGGAAGUGAACAACUUAAAGAAGACUCAACUGCUGUACCUUCGAUUAAAUUGGACAGCUGCACUCCUGCUAAGGAAGAUAAAGAAGGUGUCCAAAUGGGAAGCAGAUGGAAACUAUUGAAGACGUUAAAAGAAAGAAAAGCGGAGGAAAAGAAUCAUCAAGGCAAGUCUCCAACACAACCCUCAGUUGAAAUCAAAAAGGAGUCUGGAAUCAGAGGAGAUCAAUCGCGUGCAAAUGGACAUCCUGGUGACAAUCCGUUUUACAGCAACAUUGACAGUAUGCCGGACAUUCGACCAAUUCGGAGAAAGUCCAUUCCCUUGGUAUCUGAUUUGACUAUGGCUGCUACAAAAAGAAACGCCGGACUGACGUCUGCAGUGCCGAGGGCUACUUUGAACGACGAAGAACUGAAAAUGCACGUUUACAAGAAAACUCUCCAGGCUCUUAUCUACCCCAUUAGCAGCACGACACCCCAUAAUUUCGUUCCAUGGACGGCGACGUCACCGACCUAUUGUUACGAAUGCGAAGGACUUCUAUGGGGUAUCGCGCGACAAGGCGUCAGAUGUACGGAGUGCGGUGUCAAAUGUCACGAAAAAUGCAAAGAUUUAUUAAAUGCCGAUUGCCUUCAAAGAGCCGCUGAGAAAAGUUCGAAACACGGAGCGGAAGAUAAAGCCAACAGCAUUAUCACAGCCAUGAAAGACAGAAUGAAACAGCGGGAGAGAGAAAAACCAGAAAUUUUCGAGCUGAUUCGGGACGUAUUUGGUGUGGAAGAAAAGAAUCACGCAGGUCACAUGAAGGCCGUCAAUCAAUCAGUUUUGGAUGGAACGUCAAAAUGGUCUGCAAAAAUUAACAUUACAGUUAAAUCAGCACAAGGGUUGAUAGCUAAAGACAAAAGUGGAACUUCGGAUCCAUACGUCACAGUUCAAGUAGGAAAAGUGAAAAAACGCACAAGAACUAUGCCUCAAGAGCUAAAUCCUGUUUGGGAUGAAAAGUUUUAUUUUGAAUGCCACAAUUCUUCUGAUAGAAUCAAAGUCAGAGUUUGGGAUGAAGAUAAUGAUUUGAAGAGUAAGUUAAGACAAAAACUAACAAGAGAAUCGGAUGAUUUCUUAGGUCAAACCAUUAUCGAAGUACGCACAUUAUCAGGUGAAAUGGAUGUAUGGUACAAUUUAGAGAAACGAACAGAUAAAUCGGCUGUAUCUGGUGCUAUUCGCCUUCACAUAUCUGUAGAGAUAAAAGGAGAAGAAAAGGUGGCGCCUUAUCACGUUCAGUACACCUGUCUUCACGAAAACCUCUUUCAUUAUUUGUGUGAACAGAAUAAUGGAGUAGUCACUUUGCCAGAAAAUAAAGGAGACGAUGCUUGGAAAGUUUAUUUUCACGAUGCGGCCGAGGAAAUUGUCGACGAGUUCGCGAUGCGAUAUGGAAUAGAGCUAAUUUAUCAAGCUAUGACUCAUUUCCACUGCCUUUCUACUAAAUAUUUAUGCCCAGGAGUACCAGCUGUCAUGAGUACCUUACUAGCAAAUAUCAAUGCAUACUACGCACACACUACAGCAUUAUCAGCUGUAUCAGCCAGUGAUAGGUUCGCUGCAUCCAAUUUUGGCAAAGAAAAAUUUGUCAAAUUGCUCGAUCAACUGCACAACUCGUUACGUAUAGAUCUCUCGAUGUACCGAAACAACUUCCCAGCUUCCAGUGUCGACAAAUUGAAAGAUUUAAAAUCAACUGUAGAUCUUCUCACCAGCAUCACAUUUUUUCGUAUGAAAGUACAAGAAUUAGCUUGUCCACCACGUGCUUCAACAGUAGUAAAAGAUUGUGUGAAAGCGUGUUUACGAUCGACGUAUCAAUUUUUAUUUGAAAAUACUUAUGAGCUAUACAAUAGAGAAUUCCAAGCAGAUCCAAAUGAACCGAAAAGAGAUCCAGAUGAUCACGGACCUCGACUUGAAAGCGUUGAUUUUUGGCAUAAGCUUAUAGCACUAAUUGUAUCGGUGAUUGAAGAAGAUAAAAAUAGUUAUGGACCUGUGCUCAAUCAGUUUCCACAAGAAUUAAAUAUUGGACAGUUAUCUGCCGCAACAAUGUGGAGUCUUUUCGCUGUUGAUAUGAAAUAUGCUUUGGAAGAACACGAGCAACAUAGAUUAUGUAAAUCUUCAGCAUAUAUGAAUCUGCAUUUCAAAGUGAAAUGGUUGUAUUCAAAUUAUGUGAAAGAUGUGCCGCCAUACAAAGGUGCUGUACCGGAGUAUCCAGCUUGGUUCGAACCAUUCGUCAUGCAGUGGUUAAAUGAGAAUGAUGAUGUAUCUUUAGAGUAUUUACAUGGUGCCUUCAAUAGAGACAAAAAAGAUUGUUUUCAGAAGAGUAGUGAACAUGCGCUCUUCUCAAACUCGGUAGUAGACGUUUUCACACAACUUACACAGUGCUUCGACGUCGUAUCUAAAUUAGAAUGUCCAGAUCCGGAAAUAUGGAAGAGAUACAUGAAGAGAUUUGCGAAAACAAUAGUAAAAGUAUUAAUAGCGUACGCAGAUAUAGUGAAGAAAGAGUUCCCUGAACAUUUAAAAGAAGAAAGAAUAGCAUGCAUUUUAAUGAACAAUAUUCAACAAUUGAGGGUACAAUUAGAAAAAAUGUUUGAAUCUAUGGGUGGUGACAAACUAGAAGAAGAUGCUGCUAAUAUACUUAAAGAGCUGCAGCAAACUUUGAAUGGGAGUCUGGAUGAAUUAGCACAACAAUUUGCUUGCAGUUUAGAGCACAGAAUAACAGUAAGCGUUAAGGAACUGGCUGAUCUUCUACUCGCUAUCAAAGGUGGAGGACAACCUGGUCAGUUAAAUCAACCAGCACAAAGAAACGCAGUUGCUGUUGAAGCAGACGAGGUUUUGAGGCCUCUCAUGGAUUUAUUAGAUGGUUCUCUAUCAUUAUACGCUCAAUCCUGUGAAAAAACUGUUCUUAAGAGGCUGCUGAAGGAGUUGUGGAAAAUUGUUAUGAGAAUAUUGGAGAAGACUGUGGUGUUACCUCCAAUGACGGAUAAGACGAUGAUGUUCAAAAGUUUAACAGACAAUGCCAAGAAUUUGGCGGCGAACACGAAGAUCGAAGAUAUGUCCAAACUUUUCAAGAAUCAUAUGACUGGAAAGCAAGAUGUCAAAAAUGCUCUCAGCGGAGUCAUGGACAUAUCAAAAGAAGUAGAAAAGAAUUUAUCUCCAAAGCAAUGUGCUGUACUUGACGUAGCCUUGGAUACUAUUAAGCAAUACUUCCAUGCUGGUGGAAAUGGACUGAAAAAAGCCUUCUUAGACAAGAGUCCGGAGCUACAAAGUCUCCGGUAUGCUUUGUCGUUGUAUACGCAAACAACUGAUACGCUUAUCAAGACCUUUGUCACUACGCAAAUUAAUGAAGUGCCGCUAAACAAUAAACACACGAUGCUGCAAAGACAACUCUCUUUACGAGACGAGUCUGAAACAGAAUCUGGACUAGAAGCACUAGAGGAACCUUUGAAAGCUAAAAAGAGAAAGGGAAGCGAAAACCAGCAAGAUAAUAUCGAUGGUAUAGAAAGUAGUGUUGGUGAAGUUUCGAUUCAAGUGGAUCUUUUCACACAUCCUGGAACUGGAGAGCAUAAAGUUACAGUUAAAGUUGUGGCUGCUAACGAUCUGAAAUGGAACCUUGUAUCUGGUAUGUUCCGACCGUUUGUCGAAAUUAAUCUUAUAGGACCACACUUAGCUGACAAGAAGAGGAAACACGCGACUAAAUCUAAAGCUAACAAUUGGUCACCCAAAUAUAAUGAAACCUUCCAUUUUAUCAUUGGAAAUGAAGAACAGUUGGACUGCUUCGAAUUGCAUAUUUGUGUUAAAGACUACUAUUUCGCAAGAGAGGAUAGACUGGUUGGUGUGGCUGUUAUGCAACUCAAAGACAUUGUAGAAAAAGGCUCGUGUGCGUGUUGGCUGUCAUUGGGAAAAAGAAUCCAAAUGGAUGAAACCGGCUGGACUAUUUUAAGAAUUUUAUCUCAACGCACAAACGACGAAGUAGCUAAAGAAUUUGUCAAACUUAAAUCAGACAUUCGACAAGAAAAUCCUCUUCCAAACCAGUAAACUGAAAAUUUAGUAACACCGAUAAAACUGUGUUUGUUUAAAAACAGUGUGUUCAUACCCAAAAGUGUAUAGAAAUAUAUAUGGACCGUCCUUAAGUGAACUCCACGCAGUGUAGGCUAUUUUCCAGAUAUUUCUAGAUGUUUUAUAAGGAUAUAUUUUAUAAAAUAACCAUUAAAAACAAUUUGAGGAUCAAAUUUUCUUUUUCUAGUCAAUCCAUCUGGUUGAAUGCUGAAGGAUAAAUUGAAGCAAUAUUCACAUAAUGUUCCAAAAUUCUCCUGCAUUCACAAGUUUUAAAAUAGGAAAUCAUAUGAAGAAGUCUAAACGUAAAUAGAUUUGAAGAAUCAAUUGCCUCUGUUGUGCCCUUCAUUAAAAUAUUUUUUUCAAGUGAACAUAUUUUAUUUUUCUUUUAUUACUCUAUCACGAAACAAAAUAAAACAUUGUACACUUUUCAGUGGUUAUAUAAAAACAAAAUGGUUUGUAUAAAAAGUAUCCUUAUUAAUAACAUUCGUGUAUGUGCGAAAAGCCUAAACUGGAAAAUGCUUAUAAUUACAUUCUAAUUUAACAAUAUUCAAUGUGCCUCCCAACUUGUACAUUCAACAAUAAUUAAAACAAACUUUAUCUAAGCCAGUACAUAAACGUGUAUCAUCCUAUUUCAUUAUCAUACUAAGAAAUUGUAAAAAGUUCGCAAUAAGGAGCAUAAUUUCGACAUUUUUCUCAUUAAAGAAUCGUCAUCAAUAAUCAACAGUUCAGCAGUUGAAAAUCGGAUAUUAGUGUAUUUGAAUAGAAACAACCAUAUAUAAUUUUUAAGAUUAGAUAUUUUCAAAAGUAUAAAACUUAUACUAUUUAAAACUGCUGAGUAAUUUCUAUUUUUUUAGCAUGUUCAAGAUAACUUAAUCCCUGAUAUAUUUCCAAUGUGCUUAAUUUUGAUUUUGAUUGAAAAGUUCGGUUGACACGUGAUAUUAAAUCCAUAUGACUUUCGAAGCGAAAUGACCACCGAGGACGAUGCACGCCUAUAAAAGAAUGCCACCAACGAAAACAUCCAAAAAAUUCACAAAACAAUGUCAGGUACCCGUAAAUUGAAGAUGUUUGAGAUAGCUAGGACCUUAAAGAUAUCCAAGAAACAAAUCGAGAAUUAUUAAUAUUUGGGUUUGCGAAAGCUCAAAAUUGGAUGCCGCGCGAGCUCACUAUCGACCAAAUCAAUAACUAAUUGAUGAUUCUAAACAGUUUUUGGAACUGAUUAAUUUCACAUUAUACUCCAAUCGACGUCAGCCCAGUUGACUGCAAGUGAUUAUUUCAAAAAGAGAAAAACCAUAAAUAAAGAAGAAAGUCAACAAGAGAAUGCAUCGUGUCACCAAUCUAUAAAAAUCACGGCAAACAUUUUAUGAAUUGGGCUUCGAAUUGCUUUCGGAUCCACUGUAUUCUACAGAUCUCACCUCCCGUAACAUGUUUCUCUUCUUGGACAUCAAAAGGAUACUUGUUGGAGAGAAAUGUCGUGUCGAUGAAGAGGUUAUCGCUUGAGCUGAAUCCUAUUUUUACUGAUAUUGAUUUCUAUAUAAUACUGUUGAUUAUUGGUGAACAAUUCAUCUUACAAAUAUAUACUUAUAUAUACACUGUGUCCAAUUAAGUAAUUUUUUAAAUUCUUAGUUUUUAUAAAAAUGUCAUUGUUUUUAAAAAUGGUGCAUGGUCUAAAAUUUGAAAUAUAUAGCGUAUAUAAGAUUUUUCAAAAAUUUGAAUUUAACUCUUCAUUUUUGAGAAUAUUGACGAUUUUUUAUCGUUUAUCGGAAACUUUACUAAUACAUUAUUUUUCCAUAGCAAAUGGAUAAUACUGGAUAUCUGACAGUAGUGUUUUUCUUAUGAUCAUUAUUUGUAAUAACACUUGUUUUUAGUUUACCGUAGAAAGGGCGAAAAGAAGAUUAUUAUCUUAUUUGGUAGCAAACCAGCUAGUAGAGCUCCAAGUCCGAUGUCAUAAGCUUUUUUGAAAAUACAUAGACAAGUUAAAUGAGAUAGAAAAAAAUGUUACCGUCCAAUAGGUUUUCGGACACACUAGACUGGAGAGAAAUGAAAACGCAGACAAACUUGCCAAAGUAGGUGAGGAUAAACCCUUCGUAGGACCUAAUCCCUUUUGAAAAGGAUGUACAUAAAAACUGGAAAACUGUAAGCAAAAAAGAUCUGAGUAAAAAUAAUUUAGAAAUACUAACAGUAGUGUUUUUGGAGCAUUGCAAUGGAUCUUUGUGCACAUUCUCUCAAAAUACGAAAGAAUACGAAGCUAGUAUUACACCUGGGGGCGUAUGAAAUAUUAAAUAUAGAUGUUAAGCAGCUAUAUCUAUCUCACAUUCUGAACUUCCUAAAAGAAGUGGGCUUAAUCGAUCACCUGUGCACAUUGAAUAUCCUUCAGUGCAACAGUAAGCAGUGGUCCUAAUCGCAUAAGUAGCUACAAUAAUACUUAUCAAUAUUCACAAAAAUAUACUUCACUCCUGAGGAAAAUGUAAUUAUUCACAAAUCUUGUUUAUAUAAAAUAUUGUUUUCAAGUUUUAGACCGUGUAGAGGUUUUAAUAAAAAUUUUUUUUUGUCAUAAAACAAAAAAUAAAAGAUUUCUGACUUGAUUGGAGACACUGUAUAAACUUGAAAUGUGAUUCAAAUAUAGUAUAAGAAAAAAUAGUUAGGUAUGUUUACAUCAUAGAUAUUUUUAUGCAUUUAGUAAAAUAUGGGUUAUCACGAACACAUGCAUGUUGAGUUGAUUUCUAUCAUCUCUAUUCAAAUAUCUUGCUCUCAUGCACAGAAAUAGUAUAAAUGUAUUUUUUGUUCUCACAACUAUAUUGGUAAAGAAGACAAAUGAAUUAUUUCAUGAAAUUCACAUUCAGUAAAUCUUCUAUCAUUGAAUAACACUUCAACCCCGUUAUCUGCUACUCCAAAUCAUGACGAAAUAAAAGAAUAUUCGAAGUAAAUCUCGUCUGAAAUAGAGAAUUGGGACCAACAAAUGGAAGUAAUAAUACAUUGUUUUACCAUCUUUGCUAUUUUCUCAAAUAAUAAAGUGUAUAUAUUUAUUUAAAUUGGAAAAUAUGGCUCACGCAAUGCACGAUGAAUUACCUUUUUGGUUAUAACUUUCUCUUGUAGCAAUUUCCGAAGUAUUAAUAUCAUUUUUCUCGUCUAUUAUUAUAAUUAGUCUGAACACACUAGCUUUAGAAACGUUUCUCAAACACAUUUUUGAUAAUUUUUUUUCUACUGGUAUUUUAAUUGUAACGUUUUCUUCACUCACUCAUAUUAGAAACAAUUCUGGUCUUUGUUUUAUAAAAUACCAAUAAUCACGCCUAAGAUUUGACCCUUCUUAUCAAUGGCGUUACUGCUAAUAACGACGUUUUAGGCAUAACUCUACAACUUACGGUAAAACAGGCGUUUAAACUAAAAUUCAAACUCUGGAUUAUACUCUUGUUUAAACCAAAAUUAAACAAUGCAGGUCAUAGUUAAACCCACAUGUUUUUUACCCUCGCCGAAAUAUAUCUCAAACUUUAUAUUUCCAUAUACUACAGUGUCAUUAAGUUCGACAAUGUUGACAAUUUCUUCAUCAUCAUUAUGAAAUAUGAAGUGAACAUCUUCAGUCAUGUUAGCAAAACCAAAAUCAUUUAAUCAAGGUAUGGACUGUAAAGAGAAGAAGAAGUAUCUCUUAUUAAAAACUAGAAAAUUUCUAGUGUAUUACAUCAAUAACAGCUCAAAAACUCGCGGUAGUGUAUAAAAAGGGUUUGAUAUGUAUGUAGCAAUUGUAGAUGAAUGUUUUGAUAAGUUGACUAGAAUGAACUAAAAUAAUUAUGAGAAAACUUGAACCAAUGAUUUUAUUUCGUAUUUUCUCAUUAAUAAUAAUUGGCGCUUCCUUUCAAAUUUACUCCGAAUGCUAAUAUGGCGCCACCCUUAUAUAACGAUAUAUUUCGAUGGAGACUCUUCAUUUACACAGAAUGUUCUCAUUUGCUCUAAAUAACUAGUUUGGAAUUUUCAGUGUCUAGAAUAAAGUUCAAAUUACCCCCAGAACGUUGAUAAUGUUUAAAGCGAAAUUUUUCGAUAAACGCCAUCUAUAAAAUGUAAAAAAGUCGAUAGGGCUUAAACGUUACUCAUAAAAUUGCCCUUUAACCACUGACGACAGUGUUGAUUUAUCUGUAUUCCAUAGUGCUCUGAACUCUUAAUUGCUUCUAAGAUAUAUAAAAAUUUUAAAAAAAGACCUGUUAACUUGUGGAAAAUACAAAAGAAUUUUUUUGUAAAUUUGUUAUAAAUCAAAGUGAUUUUGUAACAACCUACUAAUUUGGUUUCCUACUAUAACUGCUUCUGUACGUAUUAAAAAAUCCAUUGUAUAAAAAACUUUUCAUGUCUUCUUUACUGAAUCUUAUUCAUUAACAAAUUAUAUAUUUACACAUUAAUAUGUCUUAAUAAUACUUAUCUAAAAUCGAGCCUUAUAUACUUAUCCAUUCGUAUUUCUUACAAAAAAAUCUUCGCUUUUACUAAUAAUGGUGAAAAACUAUAUCUGUUGCAUUUUCACUGUGAUAGUAGUACAGUGUAUAUCAUGUCAUCUGUGUUGUACUUAUAUUAUAAUUAAAAAAAAAUAAUUCGGCGAUAUGACAGCUUUUUCUAUAGUCGAAUACAAGUAUAUGAACAGUACUUUUUCGUUUGAAAUUAUUCGAUAUUUAAUAUAGGAAUUAAUAGUCUCCGAAAUUAAUGGAAAUUCACAUAAAUGGCCAGAAAACAUGAGCGCAGCAGCGAAUUUGUGGCUUAAUUGUGAAAAAUUGUCUCAAAUAAAAAUUUUUGUAUACGUUAUCAAAUAAUAUUUUAAAUGUAUCACUUUGUAUCUAUAGUUUUUUCUGACUGAAUAUGGUGAUACUAAAUCUACUGAACGUAAGAGAAUGAAGAAUGUUGAAUUUGAGGACACAAAGAAACCGCGAUUUUUUUAAAUAAUACGAAUUCUGACAGAAUUUCUCAUUUUUCCAAGUCUCUAGUACCAGUGACGAAUUCUUCAUAAAUGCAACGCAUUCACUGCAUAAGUAAGAAUAACAUGUAUUACGUUAAAAAUCUACUAUUUAUUUAUUAUCAAUAUUUUCUAUUCAUAUAGGUCAUAUGCGCCACAUAAUCCUAUAAUCGGUAUCAAAAUACGGAAAUACUUAAUUUCAAAUUACUGCAAGCAUGAGUAUAUGUGCAUUCAAUCACAACAGAUACAGCUAAUAGGUUUUUUAAUGGUAGUUUUUUAGAUCUUGAAACGACAAGUUUCAAUACCUAAAGGUAUUAAAUUUCUCACAACUUCUUGAACUAUCAAAAUUUGAAAAUUUUGGUAAUUGUUUUCAUGACAAUCUGCUAAACGGUCUGAAAUUAGUUUAUCCAAAGCAUUUUGAUUUUGUCUGCCUUAAGUCAGAAUUAAAUGUAGUAUAUAAAACUAAAAUCUUCAAAUCUAAUGAGAUUUCCGAACUAACACUAAUGUCAAUUGAAAAAAGCAUACUAUUCUAACUGAAACAAAAGAAAGAGUUUUAUAACCAUGUUAUUGCUAAGUUUUGUGAAAAAAACUGAAAGAGUGGAUUUUAAUUUUAAAUAAAUAAUAUUUUUAUAGAGAGGGCUGUUUGUUUUUAUCAAUUUUAAACGAUUUUUAGGCGAAAAUUGCACCCCCUGUCGAAAUAAAAGUCCGCCUCCUGCUUGCUCGCGCUUUUCUAUAUUAUUAUUACCCCUUAGUGCGUGCCUAAAGCAAAAAUCCACGCAACGCCACUGUAUCGUACAACGACUUUUAAGGAUACAGUGGAAACUCGAUUAACCGAACUAAUUGUUGUCGUUAAGGAUUCAGAUAAUCGAAAGUCCGGAUAAUCGAAUAUAUGGAGGAAAGCUGGUUUUGUGGAAUAAAAUAAGUUUAAUAAUAGUAAUACUCAAUAAUAAAUAAUAAUAUAAUCAAUCAAAAGUAAUAAUAAUUUGAUAAUAAGUUUAAGUUGGCUUAAAAUAUUUGGUAAUUGGUAUUUGACGUAAGCAACUUAUUCUCUUUAUUGCUGCUAUAUCACAAAUUCGUUUGAGCUGUAGUAAACUAUCAGUAUCACUCUCUGUUUGUUCUACAUCAUUUUCCACGUCUAGAUUUUCUUCUGUUUCAUCUUGUAUUUCCUGCUGUUCAUUGAUCUGCAAUAUGUUUUCUACGAUUUCGUCAUCCGACAAAAUCUGAAAGCCUUGAUCAUUAUUGUCACAAGUGACCCACUGUUUGAUAUCUUAUAUUUUGUAACUUAUCUCAAUAUUACUAAAUUAUUUAAUUGGUCGCAGUUGAUAGUCCGUAUAAUCGCGAAUCCGUAUAACUGAGGGCCGGAUAAUCGAAUCUCUACUGUAUUUCGGUUGAUAGUCCGGAUAACGUCGAAUCCGUAUAAGUGAGGGCCGGAUAGUCGAAUUUCUACUGUAUUUCGGUUGAUAGUCCGGUUAAUCGCGAAUCCGUAUAACUGAGGGCGGGAUAAUCGAAUUUCUACUGUAUUUCGUCCAACUGACAGUAUAAAAAAGAAGGUCAUAUAUAAUACUCAGAAAAACUGAUGGUUUUGUGUGAAAUAGUUAGGUUAGUUAAAAUAAUAAUUGUACAAAUUCAGGAUUCAUUCCUAACCGUAUAUUUACAGUUUUAAAAAAAUUUGGUUUCAAAACUAUAUUGCUCCACUCCAUUAUGCUGCUAGAGUUAUACAAUACGUGACAACUGUAUUUCCGCAGAUAUGGGUUGGACGAGAUGGUUAUAUUGUGUAGCCGUAAAUAUCACUAGAUCUAUUUCCACUGUAAUUUUUUCUUUAAAGCUAUUUGAAUUCAAUUUAGAUUGAAGAUUUACCCCAAAAUCUCUAGUAAUCAAAAUCAAGAUACAAAAUAUAGCGCGUGAAAUAUUUCAAAAUUUGUUAUGGUCAUUUGUUGACAGAUUAGGAUACUGUGUGGCAGCUGAAGGUUUUCACUUUGAACAAACAUUGUAAAUAAAUGUCGAAUUUUCUCUCGUUUAUUAUAAGUUUUGUAUUAAGUAUUUCAUUUUACUAAAUCUACAUACACAAAAAUAUUCGAAAAAAUUCAUUUUUAUGCAGUUUUUCAUUAAAGUUAUAAUUGAUCCACAAAUCCGUUGCUCCGUCCAUUAUACCUGACCCUGUUUAACGAAUUAAUUUAUUGAUGGAUUUAACUUUUCUUUUAUUAUAAAUUAUGUAAAUAUUGUAUAAAAAAUUUAUGUAUGGAAAAGUACUGUUCUCUGAUUCAUAGUUCCUGUCACCAAUUUUAUUGUAUAAUCUUGAAAAUGUAUUCACAUUGUAAUAUUUUUCAUACUUGUCCCAUUGAUUUAAGACAAUACUUUUCUUUUUAGAAUAGUCUACAUUAUAGCUUAUCCCAUGGGUAUGUUUGAUAAAUAAAGUGGUACAUUAAUCAUUUGGUUGGAACUUCCAUGUCCCUUUCACCUAUUACAUAUUAUAAUAAGAUCUGAAGGAUAUACACUUUUUUGUUAAAUGUCAAGAUAAACAUACGGGAUCACACUCAGUCAGCUCAAGGGUACCACAAGGAACUAUACUUGGACCUAUACUCGUUCUAAUUUAUACUUUUGUUACGCAAGCCGGGAGUAAAACAGAAAUAGCAACUUUUGCGGAUAGCACAGCAAUUCUUACAAGGCAUUCAAAUCCUCAAACCCCAUGGAAAAAUUUAUAGGAGAGUUUAAAUGAAACCUGAACAAGUAGAAAUUCAAAUCUAACUUAAAUAAGUCAUAAUAUUAAAAUCCUCCAAAUGUUUCAGAAUAAAGCUCUUAGAAGUAUUGUACUAUGUUACAUACCCAAUUCCAUCAUCGAAAGAGACUUUCGCUUAGAGGUGCAGCCAAGAAUAAGAGUUCAAGUUAUAGUACCAAUAUAGGUACUCACCAUAAUGUACUCGUAAGAAAACUAAUUGAAGAAAACGUAGAGGUACGUUGUCUUGAAAUAUUGAAAAAAAUUUAUUGAUAAAAGAUUUGAUUAAUGCAUCUAAAUGUUCUGGAAUUCAGGUCUUUUCUGUUUUAAAAUUAUUUUUUUUUGAUAAUUUUUAAAGGAAAGAUAAAUUUUGACGUUUCGACUUUUCAAGUCUUUAUUAAUAUAUUAAAACUGUCAGUAAUUAAAAUAUGAAAUCUCUCAGUUAUAACUUAGGGUUCAUGUGGUCAUAAAAACUUAUAUCAGUUAAGUUAGCGUAAAAAGAUCCUUAUUGAAGGAUACUUCUC